UGUCGCUGCUGUCGCUUGAACUAAUAAGACGUGAAUCAAUUGAGUUUCGCACACACACAAACUUAAACAUAUUUCUACUUCAAACAAUAAAAGAAAUAUAUAGAAAACAAGAAGAAUCAUACAGGAAGAUCGAUAAAAGUAUAGUGCGCAUAAAAUAGGAGAAUAUUUCGUCACAUUGAUUCCUACACUUCUUCAAGUUUUCUGAUUGGUAAAUAGAAUGCACCGAUGACACGUAAUACCAAUCAGAUGUUGGAAGAGUGCAGUGUCUUCUGGUCAGCUGAGGUGAGAUGAAGAAGUAUUUGAAUUGUCAAGAUACAUGUAUCGCGGUGUAAAGGCAUAGUCGUAUAUCAUUUGUGAAAAUCACACAUUAAGUAAAAAUGUAACGAUCAAAUAAUAUCACGAUCGACGAAAGUACCAAAGCUAACCUAACAGCGUUUAUUACACUACGUGCAUUCUGCGGGCAAGCCAGUGUUGAUUUAUUAAAAUCUAUUUAUACACAAGGAAAUGUAUCGAAUUUCUGGUUACACGAUAAUCUUGAUACAGAAUUUAGUAACAUAUUCAUGCACGAGGAAUAUCAUGCAAUAGAUAAACCAACAACAGAGGGUUCCAGGUAUUGAUUUAGUACUUCCAUUUUUCUUCUUUCAUAGAGUAAAACAUAAUUGCCGGAGUAUCGAUUCAUUUUCGUGUGUCUGAAAUCAAACGAAGUACAUCUUACUUUCCGAAUGUAAAUUUCGCACAUUUCAUUAACCUCAGGAUCAUCGUGUCGCAACUGUCAUUAGAAUAUUCACCCGGUUAAGCGAACAUCACCUACACCGCAUCAUCGUUACCAAGAACGCAAAACGCGCGCAAAGCCGGUUUAAAUUUGGCGGUAUUUUCAGUUAGUUUCGCAAGCAGGUCGUAAGAUGGCGGCGCGUUAGACGAAGAACGCGCCAUCCAACUUGCCAUACGAUCGUUCGCUUGGCAAGGGGCAGGGCGGGGUGUUGCUGACGUCACUUUCGGCAAUGUCCGCCGACACUCGAGUGGCCCGAUCUCGCCCGAACGGGUCAAUGUCUGAGGAGGCUUCGAAAAAUUCGUAGCUGGUGUGGUGUUCCCGUGCACGGCGAGGAAUAGAAGUCGUCGUUGACCGUCGAGGAUUAAUCUCGUGACGAGAACUUGAGCCCGCGCCUGAACCCGUCGGCCGGUGUUAGGUACGAGGCGUCGUUUUGAUCGCAUAGUGAUUUUACGGUGGUCGGUAGCAGAAGCGAGGAACGACGGCGACGACGAUCUCCCCUCGAGCAACGACGACACGGACGGCUGCGACGAGGAGGACGGACGUCCACGUCGGCGUCUCUACGGGGCCCCGGAUCGUUUCCUCUGCGCGACAUAGCGGCCAUCGCGGCAAAAUGUUGUGCACAAGCCUGGCAAGUCGACAACGUCGGGCGUGAGGAGUGUGCGAGAAGCACGAGAAAGAGUGACGAGCGGUGACCGAACGGUUCGAAGCAACACGAACAGAGAUAGAGCGAGCGAGAAAGAGCGGUAGUGGUGGAGGUGAGGCGGUAGCGCUUCCCCCGCACCCUCCGUCGGAGCACGGCCGCGAGAGUGAGAGAAGAUUACACCGUCGAGAAAGGGGGGGAGAGAAGGGAGGAAAGAAGGAAAGAAAGGACAGAGACAGCGAGAGACCGACCGACUGCGCCGUUAGGCCGAAAAAGAGAAACGGAACGGUAGAAGAGAACACGGUGAAAACGGAGCGCGAGUGGUGGUUGGUCGGUGCGGCUGGAGGAGUAACAACGGUGCAGCAACGACACGACCGUCGUUGCCGGAGGCGUUGUCGGGGAAACGAAAAUUCAUCGUUGCCGUCGUACCGUGGAUGCAACGGCGAGGUACUUAGGUCGGCGAACGCCGAAGAAAUUCGACCCGUCAGAGCCAGACCGUCGCGUAGUCGCGCUAUAUAGGAAGGCUACCAGUGCGGCGGUGUGCCUCCACUGUCGCGAGCGUGUACGAACCGUUCUGAAAACGUCGACCCCCGCCUCCCCUCGCGGCGUACCUCUCGACAACGUUCCGCGCCCUCGUCCAGGUUAUUAGGUAGUUAGAGGCGUGCUUCUCGAUCCGUGAUACUCCCUGACAGCACCAGCGGCGGUAGCGGCGGUGACGACGACAGCGGCCAAUACGGGAAGAUCCUCGUAAAUUGUGUCAAUUCGCCGCGUAGUUGGACGCCACCGGCGCGGUUACUCUACACCGCCGGUGGGCAUCGUUUCGACUGCACUACGAAGAAAGGAAGAAAGGAUUCGUGCGAGACUCCGUUCGGACGGCAAACCUUGUCGCGCGAACGUGCUUUGGUGCGAACGGUGUGUAUAUAACCCCGGUGUGUGCGCGCUGUUCCAUCGCGACAGCGAUACAGUUGAUCGCGAGAGUCGCUACCAUCGCUAGCGACCACUAUCGUUGACGGGUACGUUCCUCGUAUAUACCUAUCACCACGGAAGUGUCUGUCGGUAGUGCGAAAGAAAUUUUUCCACGUCGAAACGUUUUCCCUUCCGUUCCAUUCCGUUCCGUUCCGUUCUCGCGUACACGUCGAUCAUUAUCCACCGUCAUCCUCCUUAUCCACGGUUCUCCCUAGUUUCUUCUCUUUCUCGAUCUUGCGCGCGCUUUGCUCGCUCGUUGCUCUCUUCCCUCCCUUCUAUCCCUCCCGCCCUUCCUCCUCUAUUUCUUCCUCUAUCGUUUGCUCACACCGAUUCUCCUCCUCUGUCUCUCUUUCACGCAUACACACAUACACAUAUUAUAUAUACGUACACACACGUUCUCUCGCUCUGUCCCUCUAACCCUCCGUUUCUCUCUUUCUGACCGCGAGUGUGUGCAGUAGUCCCAUCUCGCUCUCUUUCUCUCCCUUCAUCCGUCGAUCGAGAACAAACCGUGCGGUAACAUAGAAGAACCAAACGGUGUGACCAUUGUAUGCGUGCGUGCGAAGUGAUUAUCGUUCGUCGUACUGUCAUUGAUGUCCGAAGUGUUGUCGAAACCGACGAGGACGACGACGACGAGGAGGGCGAGUUUGACGAGUUCGACGCGUUCCUGUCUCUCUUCACGUGAGGCGUUUACGAAGAGGAGGAGGAGGAAGUGGCACGGCCAGCCGAGGCGGCGGCCAGCGGAACCAGAGGCUGCAUACUCCAGACCUCGGUGUCAGGUGGAGGUGGAGGAGCCAGUGAAGAAGAUUUUAGGAUGAGCGGCCGACCGAGGACCACCUCCUUCGCCGAGGGCAACAAGCUGCCCGCGAAUCCGCCCCUGGGUGGCAUGAAGAUCAGCACGUUGAGCUUCAAUCUAGCCAGCAAGGAUAGCAGCAAGGUGACGACCGUGGUGGCAACCCCCGGCGUUGGUCCAGACCGCCCCCUAGAAGUUGCCUACACAGACACAAAAGUAAUCGGUAAUGGCAGCUUCGGCGUUGUCUACCAAGCAAAACUCUGUGAUACGGGAGAGAUGGUCGCCAUCAAGAAGGUUCUCCAGGACAAGCGAUUCAAGAACAGAGAAUUGCAGAUCAUGCGGCGUCUCGAGCACUGCAACAUCGUGAAACUAAAAUAUUUCUUCUACUCUAGUGGUGAAAAGAACAUCUUAAACGCAACUAAUCCAGUUUUUCAUGUGGACAAGGACGAGGUUUAUCUGAAUCUAGUCCUGGAAUACAUACCCGAAACCGUGUACAAAGUCGCUCGACAUUAUAGCAAAAGCAAGCAGACGAUACCCAUCAGCUUCAUCAAGCUGUACAUGUAUCAACUGUUCCGUUCCCUGGCGUACAUCCACUCCCUGGGGAUCUGCCACAGGGACAUCAAGCCCCAGAAUUUAUUGCUGGAUCCAGAAACCGGGGUGCUGAAGCUGUGCGACUUCGGCUCGGCCAAGCAUCUCGUAAGGGGAGAGCCUAACGUCUCCUACAUAUGCAGCCGCUACUAUCGCGCGCCCGAACUGAUCUUUGGUGCUAUUGACUACACUACAAAAAUUGACGUGUGGAGCGCUGGUUGCGUACUGGCAGAGCUGCUGCUCGGCCAGCCGAUAUUCCCCGGUGACAGCGGCGUCGAUCAGCUGGUUGAGAUCAUCAAGGUUCUGGGCACACCGACCCGCGAUCAGAUACGUGAAAUGAACCCCAACUAUACCGAAUUCAAAUUCCCACAGAUUAAGUCGCAUCCCUGGCAAAAGGUGUUCAGGGCACGCACGCCCCAGGAAGCGAUGGAGCUGGUUGCUCGGCUGCUGGAGUACACGCCCUCGUUACGGAUGACGCCAUUGCAGGCGUGCGCCCAUCCGUUCUUCAACGAGCUGCGGGAGCAGGGCAAGCGGUUACCGAAUGGCCGGGAGCUGCCGCCGUUGUUCGACUUUACAGAGCAAGAGCUGCGAAUUCAGCCGGCUCUGAACUCGAUCCUAAUACCGAAGUAUAUGCAGUCUUCGGACAAUCCUGGAGGCCAAUUGGAAUCCACGAGUGCUGCCGCGGGGGCUAGCGGUAACUCUAGUGAUAAUAACGUCAACACCAACACACCAUCCACCACACAAAAUACAGACCCCAGCCAAUCGAAUAUGGCUUAAGCUACUUUAUUUUUUAACAAACAUGAAAAACGUUGCAAAAAGCAAAGGAACCGAUAACACGGAACCGAGAGGGGAGAAAAGAAUUCACGUGUUUAGAGC